CACUUGAGCAUUCGUCAGUCUCUUGGGAAUCUGCUCUGUAGGUCUGAAUUUCGGGCGAGCGGCCCAGGGAUUCCUUGUCCGUCCCAUCAAUUCCUUCCGCCUUCACGAUUGCUCCCUCUCUUGAGAACCGACUCCGCGUGGUUAGUCGUCCGCCUUGUGUCAUCCAUCACCUUCCGCUUCCACGCCUCGACCUUUUUCAUCCCCUUUCCGACUCAAGCAAUUGCCAGUCAGGGCGCAUCAGCGUUCGCUGCUGAGCGCUUCCUACCCACGGAGUGAAACGACAAACGAGGACGAAGAGCAGCAAGUCUCCGUCUGCAUGUAUUCCUUGUCAUCGCCAGCUGGGCUCGUGUAGUCGCGCUUGCGGUUUUCGUGAAGUUUCGUUAAGUUUCGUUCAGUUUCGUUCAGAUCAGCCUGAACUGAGCCAUGGGUCCCCGCGCGGCUAAUCAGCCCAGCAACACCAUAGCGGUCGCGACCGUGCUAAUCCUUAUCGGAACAUGGCUUCUAACCAGACCAGGGAGCGACAAGACCUCCCGCUCCCCCGACUCGGCGGGCGCGGUGACGGGCAGCAUGCUGCUCCCCGCGAUCCCCGACUCGUUCCCGCUGUGCGACGCGGUGCGCGACGACUACAUCCCGUGCCUCGACAACACCAAGGCGAUUAAGAAGCUGCGCACCACGAAGCAGUACCAGCACCGCGAGCGGCACUGCCCCAAACCGCAGGAGAUGCCGCGCUGCGUCGUGCCCAUGCCCGACGGGUACAAGCCGCACGUGCCAUGGCCCGAGAGCCGCGACCAGAUCUGGUUCAACAACGUGCCGCGCACGUCCCUAGCCAACUACAAGGCCGACCAGAACUGGCUCAAAGUCCAAUCGGACCGCUUCAUCUUCCCCGGCGGCGGCACGCAGUUUAAGUACGGCGCCGCGACGUACAUCGCGUGGCUGGAGCAGGUUCUCCCCGAGCUCGCGUGGGGCCGCCACGUGCAGGUCGCGCUCGACAUGGGCUGCGGCGUCGCGAGCUUCGGCGCGUACCUGGACGCGAUGAGCGUUAAGGUGCUGUCCGUGGCGCCCAAGGACGAGCACGAGGCGCAGGUGCAAUUCGCGCUGGAGCGCGGCGUCCCCGCGCUGGUCGGCGUCAUGGGCACGCUGCGCCAGCCGUUCCCCGCGAACUCGUUCGACGCCGUGCACUGCGCGCGGUGCCGCGUGCCGUGGCACGCCAACGGCGGGAUGCUUCUGCUCGAGCUUAACCGCCUUAUCCGCCCCGGGGGGUAUUUCAUCUGGUCUGCCACGCCCGUGUGCCUCGACUGCAAGGCGUUCGAGCCGGACGACCGGCAGGUGUGGGCGACGAUGGAGGAGCUUACAGCGCGUAUGUGCUGGACGCUGCGCGCCAAGCGCGUGAACUCGACGUUCGGGAUAGGAGUGGCAGUGUGGCAGAAGCCCACGGACAACCGGUGCUACCGCCACCGCCCUAGCAACUCGUCGCUUGCGCCGCUGUGCUCUAUCGCGGACGAGCCCGACGCUGCGUGGUACGUGCCCAUGCAGUCGUGCAUGCACCGCGUGCCCAUGGACCGCGACUCGCAGCACGGCUCGCAGUGGCCCGCGGACGGCGCGGAGCGGCUCACCGCGGAGCCCGUGUGGCUGGACGGCGCGGCGGAAGCGAUGGAGAGCCGCACGGUGGCGGAGGAGGAGGAGGUGUGGGAGGAGUUUAACGAGGCCAGCGCGAGCGGCAGCAGUGGCAGCAGCGGUGGUGGCAGUAGCAGCUUCAUUUUCAGCAGCAGUAGUAGCAGCAGUGAGAGCAGGGGCGUGGAUGAGAGGCUACAGCUGCGGCUACAGCUGCAGCAGGAGAGGAUUGGCGGCGGGGAUGGGGAGUGGGAUGGGGGUAGGAGGAGGGGCGCGGGAGAUGGGUAUGGGUACGGGGGGUAUGGGGGGUUUGAGAAUGAUACGGAGAGGUGGCAGCGGGUGCAGCGGACGUAUGAGCGGCGGAUGGGGUUCGACUGGAGCACGAUUCGCAAUGUGAUGGACAUGGAUGCUCGCAUGGGAGGGUGGGGAGCAGCGCUAGCAGGCACGGGCAAGCCCCUAUGGACACUCAACGUGGUGCCCACGUCGCGCCCGGACACUCUUCCCGCGGUGUUUGAGCGCGGGCUGCUGGGCGUAUACCACGACUGGUGCGAGUCGUUCUCCACGUACCCGCGCACGUACGACCUGCUGCACGCGGACCACCUGCUCUCCCACCUCAACAAGAACCACCGCCGCGGGUGUGACAUUGUGGAUGUGAUGCUGGAGAUGGAUCGCAUGCUGCGGCCCAUGGGGUAUGCCAUUAUCAGAGAGACCAACGCCACAGCCGCUGUGGUGGAAACAGUGGCAGAGGCACUACAUUGGGAGGCAGUUGACAGUUACAAGCGUAACACUGACGAUACUGUCCUCGCGUUUCAAAAAACCAUGUGGAGGCCUGUGCUACAGGCCAGGGAGGAGUGAGACCGGCUUGGGAGGAGCUAGACCGGUUUGGGAGGCCCAUGUUAGGUUAGAGCUGACAGUGAAGCAGGGUGUCUGUGAAUGUGGGGUUUACAGCUAACAUGAUGUUAGAUGUCGCUAUGAAUCCAUUACACUCGGAGGUGAAGCAAUAAAUACAUGAGCAUCCC